GGGGGGAAAGGAGGCUGUGCUGAGAAACUCAGGACUUCGGGACCUGGUUGUUUUUCAGGAAAAAUGAUUAUUUCUUUGAACCCAUGUCUGAGUUUUAUCUGCUUAUUGUUGUGCCACUGGAUCAAGACAGCUUUUCUCUUGAAUCUUGAAGACCCUAAUGUGUGUAGUCACUGGGAAAGCUACUCAGUGACAGUGCAAGAGUCAUACCCACAUCCCUUUGAUCAAAUCUACUACACCAGCUGCACUGACAUUCUAAACUGGUUUAAGUGCACAAGACACAGAAUCAGUUAUCGGACAGCAUAUCGACAUGGGGAAAAAACUAUGUAUAGGCGCAAAUCCCAGUGUUGUCCUGGAUUUUAUGAAAGCCGGGAGAUGUGUGUUCCCCACUGCGCUGAUAAAUGUGUCCAUGGCCGCUGCAUUGCUCCAAACACCUGUCAGUGUGAGCCUGGCUGGGGUGGGACCAAUUGCUCCAGUGCCUGUGAUGGUGAUCACUGGGGACCCCAUUGCAGCAGCCGGUGCCAGUGCAAGAACAAGGCUCUAUGCAACCCCAUCACCGGGGCUUGCCACUGUGCUGCGGGCUUCCGGGGCUGGCGCUGCGAAGACCGCUGUGAGCAGGGUACCUAUGGUAAUGACUGCCACCAGAGAUGCCAAUGCCAGAAUGGAGCCACCUGCGACCAUGUCACAGGCGAGUGCCGCUGCCCACCUGGAUACACUGGAGCCUUCUGUGAAGAUCUGUGUCCUCCUGGCAAGCAUGGGCCUCAGUGUGAGCAGAGAUGCCCCUGCCAAAAUGGAGGUGUGUGCCACCAUGUCACCGGAGAAUGCUCCUGUCCUUCUGGCUGGUUGGGCACAGUAUGUGGUCAGCCUUGCCCUGAGGGUCGCUUUGGAAAAAACUGUUCUCAAGAAUGUCAGUGCCAUAAUGGAGGGACUUGUGACACCGCCACAGGCCAUUGUCAUUGCAGCCCAGGAUACAUAGGAGAAAGGUGCCAGGAUGAGUGUCCUGUCGGCAUGUAUGGAGCUCGCUGUGCAGAGACUUGCCGCUGUGUCAAUGGAGGGAAAUGCUACCACGUGAGCGGAGCAUGCCUCUGUGAGGCAGGUUUUGCUGGUGAGCGUUGUGAGGCACGACUGUGUCCUGAAGGACUUUAUGGCAUCAAAUGUGACAAGCAGUGUCCUUGCCACCUGGACAACACUCAGAGCUGUCACCCCAUGUCUGGAGAGUGUGCCUGCAAACCAGGCUGGUCAGGACUCUAUUGUAACGAGACAUGCUCUCCUGGAUUCUAUGGGGAAGCUUGCCAACAGAUCUGCAGCUGCCAGAAUGGGGCUGACUGUGACAGUGUGACUGGAAAGUGCAUCUGUGCGCCGGGAUUCAAAGGAAGAGAGUGCUCCAUCCCAUGCCCUCUGGGAAGCUAUGGGAUAAACUGUUCCUCUCUCUGUGGAUGUAAAAAUGAGGCAGUCUGCUCACCUGUGGAUGGGUCAUGUACUUGCAAGGCAGGCUGGCAUGGUGUGGACUGCUCUAUCCGCUGUCCCAGUGGCACAUGGGGUUUUGGCUGUAACUUAACAUGCCAGUGCCUCAACGGGGGAGCCUGUCACACCUUGGAUGGGACCUGUACGUGUGCACCCGGAUGGCGUGGGGAGAAAUGUGAACUUCCCUGCCAGGAUGGCACUUAUGGACUAAACUGUGCUGAGCGCUGUGACUGCAGCCAUGCAGACGGCUGCCACCCCACUACAGGCCAUUGUCGCUGCCUCCCCGGAUGGUCAGGUAUUCACUGUGACAGUGUAUGUGCAGAAGGGCGCUGGGGACCCAACUGUUCUCUGCCCUGUUUCUGUAAGAAUGGGGCUUCAUGCUCCCCUGAUGAUGGCAUAUGUGAAUGUGCACCAGGGUUCCGAGGUGCCACCUGUCAAAGAAUCUGCUCUCCUGGUUUUUAUGGGCACCGCUGCAGCCAGACCUGCCCACAGUGUGUGCACAGCAGUGGGCCAUGCCACCACAUCACAGGCCUCUGUGACUGUCUGCCUGGCUUCACGGGUGCACUCUGCAAUGAAGUAUGUCCGAGUGGAAGAUUUGGGAAAAACUGUGCAGGAGUCUGUACCUGUACCAACAAUGGAACUUGUAACCCCAUUGACAGAUCUUGUCAAUGUUACCCUGGCUGGAUCGGCAGUGACUGCUCUCAACCUUGUCCUCCUGCUCACUGGGGCCCCAACUGCAUCCACACGUGCAACUGCCACAAUGGGGCCUUCUGCAGCGCCUAUGAUGGGGAAUGUAAAUGUACACCUGGCUGGACGGGGCUCUACUGCACUCAGAGGUGUCCUCUGGGGUUUUAUGGGAAGGACUGCACACUGAUGUGCCAGUGUCAAAAUGGAGCAGACUGUGACCACAUCUCUGGGCAGUGUACUUGUCGCACAGGGUUCAUGGGAAUGCACUGUGAACAGAAAUGUCCUGCGGGAACUUAUGGCUAUGGAUGCCGCCAAAUUUGUGACUGCCUGAACAACUCUACCUGCGACCAUAUCACUGGGACCUGUUACUGUAGCCCAGGUUGGAAGGGGGCACGAUGUGAUCAAGCUGGUGUUAUCAUAGUCGGAAAUCUGAACAGCUUAAGCAGAACCAGUACAGCACUGCCUGCUGACUCUUACCAGAUAGGGGCCAUUGCAGGCAUCAUCAUUCUUGUGCUAGUUGUUCUCUUCCUACUGGCAUUGUUCAUUAUUUAUAGACAGAAGCAGAAGGGAAAGGAAUCAAGCAUGCCAGCAGUAACCUACACCCCUGCUAUGAGGGUCAUGAAUGCAGACUAUGCCAUUUCAGAAACCCUGCCUCACAACAAUGGUGGAAGUGCUAACAGCCAUUACUUCACCAACCCCAGCUACCACACACUUACCCAGUGUGCCGCAUCCCCUCACAUCAACAACAGGGACAGGAUGACCAUCACAAAGUCCAAGAACAAUCAGCUGUUUGUGAACCUGAAAAAUGUGACUCCUGGAAAGAGAGGCCCUGUAGUAGACUGCACAGGAACUUUGCCGGCAGACUGGAAACAUGGUGGCUACCUCAAUGAGCUUGGUGCUUUUGGACUUGAAAGAAGUUAUAUGGGAAAAUCCUUAAAAGACCUAGGAAAGAAUUCUGAAUAUAGUUCAAGUAACUGCUCCCUAAGUAGUUCUGAAAACCCAUAUGCCACAAUUAAAGACCCUCCUGUACUUAUCCCCAAAACCUCAGAGUGCGGUUAUGUGGAAAUGAAGUCACCAGCCCGAAGAGAUUCCCCAUAUGCAGAAAUCAAUAACUCAACUUCAGCCAACAAGAAUGUUUAUGAAGUUGAACCUACAGUGAGUGUUGUCCAAGGAAUUUUCAGCAAUAAUGGGCAUCUCACUCAGGAUCCAUAUGACCUUCCAAAGAACAGCCACAUCCCUUGCCAUUAUGAUCUGCUGCCAGUCCGAGACAGUUCAUCCUCCCCCAAAGAAGAGGAUGGUGGGGGCAGCUGCAGUAGCAGCAGCAGCAGCAAUGAAUGACACCAAGGACAAUGGAUAGCACUGGAAACCAUUUCUAGAACUACAAUUUGGAUCACUUCUGUCCUCAUAUUUGCCACCUCAUGUCAUUUGUGGCAGAAGAUUCAAUCUUCUUGGUAGGCAAUUUUUGAAUAUGAA